UAUUUAAAUAGAAUAUAUUUACUUUUGUUCCGACUAAUAAUGCCCAUCACGGUGCUACACAGCCCGCUACACCAUUUAAGUGGCAGUCGUCGUCGAGCGUCGGUGUACUUCAUCCAUGGCGGAAACUGAGAAGAAGCGAGAAGGCGGCGAAAUAGCUCCUGAACUCACCGGAGAAUCCAGCAAGGCCGCUUCAACAUCGAAACCGUCGAGCUCAGGCGGCCCUGCGACGGUCUUUGCCUUUUGGUUUUACUUCACCGUAGCCGUAUCUCUCAUUACUCUGCUGUUCAUUUCUCUCCCUCGGAUCGAGCGUAAGGACGAUCUAUCCUGGUUCCUUACACUCCCGGAUGGCCUCCGUAGUCAUUACUCAGCAGGGAAGCUUAUCAAGGUCAAUCCGAUCGGUGGCGGCGAGCCGAUGCAGGUCUUUGCUGUGGAGCUUGGAAAGAAGGAUGCCGAAACUGUGCUUCUGGUUCACGGGCUAGGCUGCAGUUCCUACUCCUUCCGACGGGUCCUCCACUCGCUCGCCGCCGGCGGGCUCCGGACGGUUGCCAUUGAUGUGCCGGGCUCCAGUUUCUCCGACGAGUUGAGCUUGGUUAAUAAUGCUAAACGGGGAGAUCCGUUAGGAUGGAUCUGGAACAUAUUUGCAGAGAUUAAGGAGAAAGGCUUCUUCUGGGGUUUCGAUCAGUUAAUCGAGACCGGCGAGAUCCGUGAAAGGCCGGCUAUGGUUUCCUCCAGGAAGGAAUCGGAGUAUGGAUCUGAGAUGAUGGGUGCGAUUUUAGGGCAGGUGAUUGAUUCAAUGGCUCUGGCACCUGUACAUCUCGUGCUCCACGAUUCGGCAUUAAUCGCCGGAACGAAUUGGGUCUCGGCAAACGCGGGAUUAGUGAGCAGUCUGACGCUUAUAGAUUCUUCCCCUAUGUCUGCAGCAUUUCCAUCUCCCCUAUUAAGAUUACCGGUUCUGGGUCAUCUUCUUCUGGGUUCGAAGACUCUGUUUGCUGGAUUGCUUAGAUUAUGUUGCGCUAGAUCCAUCGAUAUAGUGGACUCGGAGGCUUACAGGCUUGUGUUGAAAAGGAAAAAUCGCAGAAGUGCGGCAUUAGCGAUCUGGAGAGCUCUGAAUCAUAGUCUUGAUGUGGGUGAAUGGAUCAAUUCUGAGGAGGUAAAAGGGUUGCCCGUCCAACUGUUGUGGUCCAAUACGCUGUCUGAUCAGUGGAUUGAUGAAGGUCGGAGAAUUGAUGCAUCAAUUCUUCGUGCAAAGUUCCUUUUCCACUCUGGUGGUCGAUGGCCUCAGGAAGAUGCGGCUGAAGAAAUAAGUGAGAUGAUUGCAAACUUCGUGUCAUCAUUGCCAAAAUCUAUUCGGCGGAUCGAGGAAAAUACAGUACCGGACCACAUCAGAAAAUUUUUGAAGAAAAAAGGCAUCAAGAUCAACAUCACCAUCAUGAUCAUCACCAUGGGCAUGGCCAUGGCCGUGACCAUGGACUGGGUUACAUGGGAAUGUAUGGACACGGCCACGGAUGGUGAGUUUGAUAUUUAUUACUGACUUUGGAACUUAUGAUGACUUUCAAAGGAAAAAGUGUAAGAUAUGAAAUGAUUGAAUUCUCUAAGGUUUUGUUUGGAUGGAAGAGAAGCAAUUUAACUAAGAAGAAAUCCCAAUUAUUCCGUUGAUUUAAGCUUUUCGACCUUUUUUCCUUUAACUUGAAUUCCUAGCACCAAAACACAGCCUCAACA